AGCCAACCGAAUACAGUUUCUCAAGGUUGGACAAUGUCGAUUAACUAUGUUGGGAGGAAGUCAGUGAAACCACUUAGUCAACUAAAAACUAUUCACAACGAACACUAUGCCAAACUUCAGAGCAAACAUGCCUCAGAAACAGAUUUAUUAGAUGAUUUGAGGAUGUACUGUAAACAAAGAGCAGCAAUCGAGCGUGAAUACGGUCAAUCAUUACAAAAACUGGUGAACAGUUUCCUUUCAAAGAAAGAAUUUACAACACCAUCUUGUUCUUCAGGAAACGAUACCGUACUUUCCAGUAAACAACAUAGUGUAUGGAACAUAUGGUAUUCAUUGUUAACCGAAUCUAAUAAUUUGGCUUUAUCACGUUUACGUGCAUCAAAUAAUCAACAAAGAUUGUCCACUGAACUCAAACCACUUAAAUCUCAACGUAUGUCAGUGAAUAAACGGGUAUUUGAACAACUGAAAAUACUUCAGGGAGAUUUAGCUGCAUGUGUUCAGGAAAUGGUGAAAUCUCACAAAGUAUAUGCAGAAGAAGAAAAACAAGCACAAGAUACCCGUUUAAAAACAUUAACUGCCAAAGAAAAAAUUCAACGCCGAUCCACCGAUAUAUUCCAUUCCAUGGCGCAGCUACACAGGAAUUAUGAUAAGCUCCUAGGUAAACGUCAAGCAUUUGAUUCCAGAUCAACCACUGCUAGAAAUGAAUAUCUCUUUCAGUUGACCGCGAUUAAUGCGCAUUUGAAGCAUUACUUUGGUGAAGAUUUACCUGUUCUAGCAAAGACUUUAGAUGGAGAAUUAUAUGAAAAAUUAAGUGAAGUAUUUACAACUCUUUGUGAAAAUGAAAUUGAAUUCUGUACAACUACACAAAAACGAUUUGAUAGUCUUUUCAAAGAAGCCUCACAAAUCAAUCGCACAAACGCCUGGGAAGAGUUUCUAAAAUCAUCACCACUUUUUGAUAAACCUGUUCAAUAUCAAUUUGAACCAAUUAAAGGAGACGAGACAGUGAUGUUGUGCUCAGCUACAAAUGAAAGUAAUUUAGAACAAAUUGCACGUAAACUUUCACGACGAUUAGUUAUACGCGAGAGAUGUAUUAAAUCAUAUGAAAAUGAAAUGAAAAUGUUACAGGCUGGUUAUGUUACUUCAUUGUCUAGUGUAACGACUGAAUCUAAUCAUCCGACACAACAACAAACAAAUUCAGAAAUGGAAAAUAACAAUGAAGAAAUAUUAGCGUUCAAUCAAGAAUAUGUUGAGAAUAAAGUUGAAGAAUUACAAUUUGCUAUACGUCGUGAGAAGAUUGAACAAGUAAAAAUUGAAGCUUGCCUAGCAUUAUUACGCAAUUCAUCCAUUAAUGUAAAUGAAUUUAUUGCUGAAGCUCGUUUAGCUGCAGAAGCAGCAGCUGUUGCUGUUGCUACAGCUGUUCAAUUAAAUAAUGAUAAUCAAAGUAAUGAUUUAUUCAACCAAUCUACACCUAGUCGACGAUCAAUUAUUCGACCUUUAGGCGAAGGAAGUAUUGACAGCACAGCUAGUAGUUCCGGUAUAAAUCAAUUUAUCGAUCAUGAUUCCAGAUUAUUAAGUGAUUGGGAUCAUUUUUAUGCUGGAUCUGAACUGUUAGGACGUAAUACAACAACUUAUACAUUUCAGAGAAGUUUCAAUGUUGACGAUGAUGUUGAUAUUGAGUCAACUAAUCGAUUUCAUGGAAAUGGAAUUAAUAAUUGGUCAUCUACUUUUCCUAGGCCAACAACUACUGGCCAAAUGGAUAAUUCCACUGAUAAAACUCUUCAUUCAACUUAUAGAUCAUCAUCUCAAACUAGUAGAAAAUUAAAUUAUUCAAAUCAGAAUCAUACUUUUCCGAAUAACAAUCAAAUGCGUGUACAACAUGAUUAUCAAAAUGUUACUCAAAUCGAUUCACGAUCUCAAGAUGAUACAUCUAUUCAUAAAUCAACUAUUAAUUAUGAUAACAAUAAUAAUAAUAAAAACAAUCCAUGUGAUACAUUUAGUUCAUCUUUACCUGUUCGUGUUAAUAGUUCCAAUAAUCUAACAAAUACUAAAGAUGAUUUAGAUUUAGAAGCUAUAUGGUCAGAAAAUAAUCGUUUGAAUCGAGCAACUGUUGUACAUGAAUUUAGAGCUAAAAAACCUGAUGAAUUAGAUCUUGUUGUACAUGAAACAGUUGUCUUAUUGAAUAAUGAACCUAAAAAUGGAUGGAUUAAAGUAAGAAGUUUAAUCGAUGGAAAUGAAGGUUUGGUUCCAAUCAGUUAUUUAAAGCUAUCUAACGCGAAUAUGCCGAAAGAUAACUCAAAAAUUGUUAUGAACGGUGAUAGUAGCAAACAAGGUAUUUCAACACAGCUUACUAGCGAAGAUAACAUCUUUCAUUCCAACUCAAAUGCUUGUUCUGAAGAUAAUGAUCGUAAAAACUCUAAGAAGCCUAAUCAAGUGGACUCUGGAACUUUAUCCCUUCCUCCAGAAAUCGAUCCACCUCGACUCUUAAGCACCGAUGAAAUUUCCAAUGAUGAACUGUCCAAACCACCUCUUUCUGGUUCUUUUGUAAGAAGUUUAAUCGAUUUUCAAGGAAAUAAUCCAGAUGAAUUAAGCUUUAAAGCUGGUGCAGUUAUACGUGUAAUUGGUCGUGCUCCUAAUAUUAAUGAUGUAGUUAUUAAUUCAUCAUCAUCAACAACAACAACUAGACGAGAUCAGUUAAGUUCAAUAUCUGGUUGUGGUGUUGAUGAUGGUUGGUGGGAAGGUGAUCUUCUAGUGGCUGAACCAAACAAAAAUGGUGAAAAUCAACAAUUUCAUUCUAUACGUGGUGUUUUUCCAUCGAUGCUUGUACAACCACUUUCAUCGGUUGAUUCCGAUUUAUGGACUGUUCGAUGGAAUAAUAUUUUACCAUUGUCUACAGGUCGUUCAUUAGAAGAAAAGCAUAACUCUCAGUUAAUUAAUCAAAGCCACAAUAAAAAUAAUAAUAAUAAUAACAUCAGUUAUCCUAAAAAAACUAUUGAACAAUUACAUACAACUAUAAAUCAGCAUCACAAUUGUUCUGUUAGUGUUAAUAAACCUACUCAAAGUUGUCAUUCAACAGACGAAGAAGAUUACAUACAAUUAUAUUCUAAAGUAUCACCAUCUCAAACAGUUCAAGUAAAGACUUUGACUUGUCAAGGUCAUUCCCAUCCACCAGAAAAUAUAAAAUUAUCAGUUUCUUCAGCAUCAGAUGAAAGUAAACAUUCAGUGUCCAGUACUCCUGCUACAAGUCGACAAUCUCAAUGUUUGCAUCAUCGACAUCAUGAGUACAGUAAAUCUGAUAAGGUUCCAAUAGCUGAGGUUUAAUUAGAAUUUGAACUAAUUCAUCAACGAGAUAUAAAGAUGCAAGUUCCUCAUGAUCAUGCAUUUAUUUUUUACACCUUUUUUGUAUAAAAUAAAACAAAUAUAAUAAUAACAUAUUAUGGAAUUGAUGGUUUUUUCUUUGAACAAUUUCUCUUAUUUAUAUUUUAAACUGGUUACACACUUCUUGUAUAUUACUUUUCUUUCAUUUCGGAAUAAUUUUUGUGUGCA